CUUGGUGCCACAAUUUCAAAUUUUCAUUAUUUUUCGAGACUAACUUUCGAGAACUUUUCGAUAACUACUUUUGAGAACUUCACCAGUAGGUUAUCUACUGAUUUGGGUUCACCAAUCAGCCAUGCCUAGGAUAGAACCGUUUAUGCUGGGCUCUUCCCGACUUCCUCCGGGAUGCUCGCACAACCACAUGAGCGCGUUAUCACCACAACCCAGUCAAUCGUCCCCGAUGACGAGGAAGAAUAGAAGAGUGAAAAAAAAAACGGUGACCCGAACGCGACCAAAGAUGGAAAUAACUCCGAAUGUAAACAGUGCGACACCGGCAAAACGUUACAAAGUGACAAAAACCACACGAGCUAUUAAGAGAACCAACUCGUUAAAGCGGAUAGACGACAAUUAA